AUUUUUGUCGAGGAAUAGCCGCUGAACAAUUGAAGGAUAAGAUCUUACCUGCUCUGCCCCACCAAUUUAUCCCUCUGAAAGCCACCUUGGGGUGUGUUCUGCGACAAGCAGACUUUCGGUGAGUUGCGGUCUACGGAGUAAGCCACCGGCCUUCGGUAACUUAGGUGUCUAAAGUAUCUAGGUUUGCUAGGUAGGUAGGGCGGUCACUCCCUCAUAGUCUUUCCAUUUUCCAAACAUGCCAACAUGCACAUUAUUGCCACGGCCUGUAGCCCAUCGCGUAACCGGCAUGUGUGUGGCGCUGUGUCUUCAUUGGCGGGUCUGGCCAAGGUUUGGUGCAUUCCGACCGAUACAUCGGACUGCUCUUUUACUACGUACAGGCUUCUAGAACGACUCAUUCUCACGCAAGGUUUAGGUUCUGGGCUCUGAUUCAAUCCCCUGCAACAAAAUGCAUACAAAUUCCAAAAUCAAAUCAACGGCCUGGAAACCGUCACGUUCAUUCCCAAGUUCUAGUGUCGAACCGUCUGGCAUUCAACAGUUUAUAGUACAUCAGCAGACGGCCUCGAAGCGAUGGGCGUCAACUUGACAUGCAGAUUGAUAAUGCGCAAUCGCCCGCGGAAGCGAGUUCGCAUGUGAAAAUUUCGGAAAUGGAUCCUGCGUUCGGUCGAAAUGGAGAGAGGCCCGCACUGGAGACUGGGGACCGGCGAGGCGAAUGAGGUAAGAUAAAACUGUCAGUGGGGGACGGACGCCUUGGACACUUUCAGACGAUUUUUGGUUCGAACAAUUCUUUUUACUUUGGUGAGCGGGAAUUACUUACUACUUUACAUCGCCGCCUUAUUCGCGCGUUCCUGUGGCUUGAUAUUCACUCUUGCUCGGUAUGCUAUUGAAAAACAUUCUUUCCUCGGUCUUGAUUACAACUGUUUUACUUUUAUAGCGGCCCGGAAAGAACCUACGUACCCUACACAUACCUUCCUUACUGGGUACCAAAACGCAGCAGUCCAGAGCUCUCCCUCUACUCAUCGUUAUAAGCACCACGACAAGGCCGACCCAUCCGUAACACAGCUGAUUUUACGGACCCUCCCUACACACGUUUCGAAGAUUUUGUUAUCUGUUCAUGCAGGUGCUCGGGACUUUUCACACUCAUCGUCAAAACUCUCUCGCCCUGACUAGAAAUUCGACCUUCUUUCACAUGUGCUAGCGUCCGACAGAGUCUUUCCUCUCUUCUGAGUUUCGUUAUUUCGUAUUCCUAUUCGUACUCCUUGACCGUCGUACAUUUGUCACGUCGACCCUCCAUCUGGAGACUUUGUAUUUCACACGAUCACACAGCCUCUAAUCCAGAGAUACAAGUCUCCGACAUGUGUGCAGCCCCUCAAGACAGUUUUGUCGGGAGGCAAAGCUCAGUCAUUUUUGAAGUUUUACCCACAUCUAUACAAGCCAUCAUACCGCCCCUUCCUUCACUUAGGCGGACCGUAUCCGGCAAAGGCAUGAAGGCAACAUCAUUCCUCUCAGGGGCCCUCCUAGUGCUGCAGCCCCAAUCCACGAUGCAGCAAGAUGGACCCCUUGGUGGACAGGCCACUGCGGACAGUGUAGGGCUUGUCCUCGACGAGGAUGUGGAUAGCCUCGUGUCAGAGAGCUCUAGCGUCGCCGAUGCGAGCGACAAUCAUCGCAGUACAUUGGAACCAAGGUCUACCCGUUCCCGCGCCGAGUCUACCACAAUGGUAGGGAAGAGGCCGACACACAGGAGCUCUAGGAGUUUCCCGUUUUUACGGCUCCCGGGAAGGUCAAGCUCCCUUUCGCACACGCCAGAACCGGUAAACACUACAGGAAUAGAUUAUAAAUUCCAAAGGAGAGGACAGGAGAUGCUGCGGGCCGCAGAGGAGGAGACGGACUUGUCAAACCCCGAACAAAAUGUUGCCUUUGCGAGGAGAUCUUAUAUUGACGGGGUUGCAUACCUCUUGCAAGGCCUCCCACGAGAUUUGGACGGGGACGAGACGAGCAUUCUACGCGGCGCCCUUCCUGAGCCGCUAAGACGGGAGAUGGGAAACCACCGGCAUCAACUCCUGACCGACAACGAUUCUUUGCGAAGCUCAACAUCAUCCUCACCAACCAGGACCACCAUAACAGCAGGGGAAAACUUUAUGCUACGGAUGCGCAGCGAUGGACCGUCACCCAUUCACCGCGCGGUUCAGACUGUCAUCACGACAAUGAUAUUCAUGACCCGGCUGAUGAUCUCGUUGGGUAUCGCCAUUAUCCAGGAGCUUGUGCGCGUGGGCAACGAGUAUCAAAUCCCGGAGCGGGUAACGCGAAGAACGAUCCUAAUGGCCAGCUCAUUCGCCAGCAUCGGAACGUCGGCGGCGAGCACAAUCGGCAGUGUCAGCAAGGCGUCAUACAACAUGGUGGAUGACAGAGUUCCUUAUGGUCUAGGGUCCGUACUCCAAUGGCUCACAGACGAGUGCGUUUCGGGUGCGUGCGCCGGUGUUCGCGAAGGGCUUAGGUGUCAAGUCUAGGUGCUCUACAUCAUGUCCCGCAUUGCGAGAUGGUAUUUGAGGGGCUUGCUAAGAAUGCUCUGGACUAUCUGCAAGUCUCUAUAGCGAUGACCAUAGAGCGUUUUUGUUCCACGGAGUAUUGGAUAGAUCUGGGUUAUGAGGGUUUACGGGCUUCUUGAAUGGGCUGGUUGGCGUUUUGGAAGGAAUGCAUAUUUUUUUUCAGGUCUUAUGGGAGCGUUGCUUAGAAAACAAAAACUGAAACUCCAUGUCGAGACUAUAGACUAGACUUUCUAUCCCCUUUCCAUCAGAACUGGACUCCAGGCAGCGAAAAGUCACUUGGAUGGUUUGCGUCAAUCAUUUACUGUGCUUGGACGUUUAUGUUGGCCUUUGUCUUUGGUAUCGUUGCGACCAACUUUGGUAACAGACUAAUCACAAAAUGUAUGCACAAAUAAGUCUGAGGGUUAGGCCGUAAUAUGGAUAUUUCCAGAAUGGAUUUCCCCACCACUAACGGCUCAAGGUUUGGUGGAUCGCGGGCACCUCGUUCCGAAUACAGC